AUGUGUCAAGCCUCAAAGCAAAUCAGACGAAAUUAUUACCCAAACAAAAAGGGCAAAUCAAACGAUGGUACAGCAGAGAGAGACCCAAGGAAGCUAGAAUCCGAAUCAACCCUCUCGGAUCUCUCCAUCCUCGCUCCUGCUCCGGCUCCGGCUCCGGCCCCGGCAGAGGAAGAGAAGCCGGUUGUGGAAGCUCCAAAAGAUCCUCAGCCAACUAAGGACAAAUCUGAAACUCCACCACCCCCUGCCCCUGAACACAAAGCUGAGGCUGAUCACUCCAAAGUUCUUGCUAUUGUUGAGAAGCCUUCUGAACCUGCUGCCGAAGAGAAAAGUAAGGAGGGUUCAGUCAAUCGAGAUGCUGUGCUUGCAAGAGUUGCAACAGAGAAAAGGCUGUCACUUAUCAGAGCAUGGGAAGAAAGUGAAAAAUCAAAGGCAGAGAAUAAAGCUCAUAAGAAGCUAUCUGCCGUUGGUUCAUGGGAGAACACCAAGAAGGCAACUGUGGAGGCUGAGUUGAAAAAGAUUGAGGAAAAAUUGGAGAAGAAAAAGGCAGAGUAUGUGGAACAGAUGAAAAACAAGAUAGCUUUAAUCCACAAGGCUGCAGAAGAAAAGAGGGCAGCGAUCGAAGCUAAACGCGGGGAAGAUCUUCUUAAGGCGGAGGAAACAGCUGCAAAAUACCGUGCCACAGGAAAUGCUCCUAAGAAACUACUUGCUUGUUUUUCAUCUUAA